UCCAACACCAGCACAAAAAGCGAGUCCUACGGAUGUGCGUACCUACGAGCCAUACAAGCCCAACUGGACACGUAUCCCACCACCGGAGGCGAGUACCUCGAAGCCAUCUUCACCCACCGAGAAAUCCUUUCGUCAUAUCCCCAGGCGCAUCAGGAGUGCGCCCGGGGAUUCAGUGAUCUCGCUUACAUGCUAGAACAGCGAGCGUGGAGGGCCGAUAGAGAUGCAGAUGUAGAAGCAGUAGUUGCUUUCAGGUACGAGGCGUGGUCUAUUGCUGCAACAAUGUGA